UUCAUAUAAGCUCAGGACAAAAUAUUAUACACGGUUUAUCCUAUUGAGUAUUGUACUAUUUUACUAUGUAAAAUAUGACUUAGAUAUGGCGCGGAAUAAAAAGCGCGCUAACCCCAAAAUGAUGCCAUUGGCUCACAUUGGUGCUUCCAUAAUACCAAGAUCAAUUUUUGCUGCGGCACCACGCAUACCUCCUCCUGCUUUUCCACUGGCACCGAAAACAACAGUCAUUCACACGGCAUUGUUGAAUGCAACCUUUCUACCAAGAGCUCUUGUUACACCUCCAAGGCACUAUAACAGGAGAGGGUCCACCACAGAGCCAACUACACCUGCCCAAUUGGUUGAAAGUGUUGAUAGAACAUUGCAUCAAAUAGCACCUGAAGAGGAUGAAGCACAACCUGCAAGUUUAGAGAUGUCACAUAGGAGAACCGCUGUUGUAGAACAUUCCACGAGAAAGAGAUUGGAGUACCAUUUUGGAGCUAGUACACCUAGUGACACGGAGGGUAUGAGUCCGAUGAGUUCAGGCAGUGAAUCCCAGUUAGCCGAGAUAUAUGCUGAAAUUAAAAAGCAACCAAAUAUACAUUCCAAACCACCAAUAGUAACUGAAGAUGAUGUUCAGAACAAAGAGGACUCUACCAUGAAGCAAGAGCGUGCAGUAAUUGCUGCAAAAUCUGAAUCCAGGAAGCAGUGUCUAGAAUUGGAAACGGAAAAUGAGGAACAUUGCAACGAGCCGCCCACAGUCCAGCCACAUUCAGAUUUUCAAGUGACCAAAGUGGAAGUGGACCAGGAUGAUCAGCAUCAUCUGUUAGAGGAAAAUGAAGUGCUCCGGUCCACAGUAUAUAGCCUGCACGAAGAACUAGGCAGACACAAUGAUAAAUACAGACUUCCACACAAGGACAGCAUGAACUUGGAUGCAUCCUUACCUCUAGCUUCCUCAUUGCCACAACGACAGAUUGAACCCAUGUCGCCAAUCUUAAUUGCAUAUAAUGACCGUCUAGCUGAGAGAGACAGCAUAAUAGCGGAGUACGAGAACGAAAUGAAGGAUUUGCAUGACAAAAUCAAGAGUGUGAUCAAGCAGAAUGACCGACUCAAGAAGGCAUCUAGGACUUCUCUAAACCAAUCUCUUUCUGAUUGGGAGGAGAUACAGGAGCAUGCAGAGGUGGUUCUGUCGGAGAACCAUGCGCUGACCGGAGAGCUGGCAAGACAGCGGGAACGCUCCGAGGACAUGCAUCAGACACACGUCAAGGAGGUGGCUGCACUGUCGAGGAGGCUGGCCCACGUGGAACAGGAGAGGGCAAGCAUACAGGAGGAGCUGAGGAGGGUCUCAGACAGGUACUCCAGUCUCAAGGCAAGACAUGAAGUUAUGAUGCUGAGCACUCAUGAGGCAGUCUCGAUGCAACAGCACACAGACGAGGUGGUGGACCUCAAGCAUCUGUUAGAUGAUGUGAAACUAAAGCACAAAGGAGAGCUGGAGCACUCUGCAUGUCAGAUUAAGGCUUUAGAGGACGAAAGAGAUAAACUUGCACGUGAGAAGGCAGAGUUGGUAGUGGCAAAGAGACACUUGGUGUCUGACGUGGAACUGCUGCGUAAGUCGAAGAGUCGGCUCCAGCAGCAGCUUGACCUUGUGCAGAUGGAGCAGUUGGCAGCAUGCCAGCAUCUGUCCAAUCUACUGAGAGCGAUUGACAGGACCAUAGCAGAGAGAGACACAUAUGCUCAUAUGGCACACAACCAGCAGCGCCAAAACUCGCACAUCGUGGGAAAGGUGAUGAAGCAAAGUUUAUCAGUAGAGAGGAUGGAGGAGAAAUUUCAGUUAUACAAGACAGAAGCGGCCCAGAAAACUUGAUCCGUCG